AUAUAUAUUUUAAAGGUCGCGAAUGGAAUGCACAUGGAGCGCAUCAGGAUGAACCAAUUACAUGCCUACUACGGUACGUAUUUUAGUCACUUACUGUACACGUGUAUUUAUGCAUUAGGGUUUGUUCCUCGUACUUGUCCAGUGCGGUAUGGUACUCGUACGAUUACUACGCUGCGAUACCGUACGGUACCGGUAGGUGCUUCCCGACACCGGCUUUCUGCAAAACGAGCGAGGGCCUUCGUCCCCCUUCCGGACGCGGCACCGGAGCAGCCAGCAACAGCAACUGAACAGCAACAGCAACUGAACAGCAACAGCAACACCAGCAACACCAGCACCAGCACCAGCACCAGCAGCACAACAACAACACCACCACCACCACCAACAACAACACCAACAACAACAACACGGUGAUUCCUUCCCACGGAAGAAUCCACGACGACCACCACACCCACACUCACACCAACACCCACACCAAUCGGCACCGUUGCGCUUGCCCCGCCGGCACAGAAGCGAACGAAACAAAACGGAAACGGAAGAAAACAAAACAAAAACGGAAACGGAACACACCGGACGAGACCGGAACGAACAAACCUACCGGCCUUCCCAUGAGACUCGCGCGGUACGCCCUGCUCGCCAGCACCGCAUCCCGCCCCUCCUCCGCCUUUUCCCCUUCCGGAUCCGCCGCCCCGGGAUCCCUCCUUCGGCUCGAGAUGUCCUCCUCGUCGUCCCCGCCGCCGCUGCCCUGCCUGGCCGACGCCCCGUCGAUCCCCCUCCGGAACGGAAUGUCCCACCCCUCCAUCGGCUUUGGGACCUACAAGGUGGGCUUCGUCCCGGCCUCGGCCUCGUCGGCGGUCGCAACGGCCGGGGCCGCUUCGGCGUCUUCCCCCGGGCGGACCGCGGAGGAGUGCGUGGGGGACGCACUGGCGCUGGGAUACCGCUUUCUGGAGUGCGCCGAGUUCUACGGGAACGAGGCGGACGUCGGGAGGGCGAUCGCCGCCUCGGGGGUCCCCCGGGAGGACCUCUUUCUCUGCUCCAAGGUCUGGACGACGACCAUCGAGGAGGGCCCCGAGGCCGUCGAAGCCCAGCUCGAGCAGACCCUCUCGGACCUGGGAACGGACUACCUCGACCUGUGCGUAGGCGUUGCCGUCGUCGUUGUGGCUGUGGUUGUUGCUGUUGUGGUUUUUGUUGUUGUUGUUGUGGCGGUUGUGCUCUGGCGGCUUGCGGGCUUGUUUCUUUUUUUUUUUCUUGCUCUCACCGACGCUCCGGCCUUUUUUUUCUCUGUUUUGGUAUUGUGUUGCGCGCUGCAUUGUUCUGUUCUGUUCUGUUCUGUUCUGUUCUGUUCUGUUCUGUUCUGUUCUGUUCUGUUCUGUUCUGUUCUGUUCUGUUCUGUUCUGUUCUGUUCUGUUUUGUUGUGGGGGGCCUUGCGUCCGCCGGACCCGCUGCCGCUCCCCGGACGGACGGAACACCGACCCCCCUUGUUUUGCGGCCUUCGCAGGUACCUCAUCCACUGGCCGGUCCCGGGAAAGCACGUCGAGGCCUACAAGAAGCUCCAGGAGCUCUCGGCCGCCGGCAAGAUCCGGGGGAUCGGCGUCAGCAACUAUUCCUGGGAGGACUACCUCGAGCUUAAGGAGGCCGACGGGGUGACCGACCUCCCCCUGGUCAACCAGAUCGAGAUCAACCCCUUUCUGUACCGGAGAGAGACCAUCGACCGGUUCCUCUCGGAGGGCGUGGUCCUCCAAUCCUACCGGAGCCUCCGGGACGGCAAGGCCUUCGACGACCCCACCGUUGCCAGGAUCGCGGCCUCCCGGGGGAGGACCCCCGCGCAGGUCCUGGGCCGAUGGUGCCACCAGAGGGGCUUUGUGUACGUCCCCAAGUCCGUCCGGAAGGACCGCAUGGCCGAGAACGCGGGGGUCUUUGACUUUGAGCUGUCCCCGGAGGAGAUGGACGACCUGGACGGCCUGACCACCCCGGAGGCCCUGGAGACCUUCCGGGACCUCUACCGCAAGUGCGUGAACCGCGACACCAGCAAGGACGGGACCCUGGAAGGGGUGAAGACGGACAUCACCAUCGGAUGAGCACGUUUACAUUUACAUUUACAUUCACACGCACACGCCCGGACCCUCGAGGGGCUGGCCGUUCGCUGCCCCUGCCGUUCCGGUGGGGCCAAACCCGAGAAGGACCCAAGGGAUCUCUCUCGCGGAUUCGAAUCCGGUUGUAGCGACAGGGUCAGGACGGCGGCGGCAAGCACGGUGCCGCGUUGUUCUCGUCGCUAGCGGCGCCGAGAACGAGAACGACGCGGCCCGAUCAGUGCUAGAGCAAUAUUACAGUAGUACGACAUAAUCCUACCGCUGGUAGUACCCACAGUACCAUACUGUACAUCCUUUUUUCGUACCGGACCGUUCCAUCCGCAUUCCUCCCCUGGAAGGUCCGUGUUGAUUGCGAGCUCCCCCGUCCUUGGGCCCAACACAAGCUCCCCGUCGUUGCUCUCUUUUGAGGGGUGGAAGUUCCUCGUCCGGCGUUUGCCGAAGGGAGCAAGACCCCCGAGGCCGUUUCGAUACGUACCAUACGUACGUACCAUACUGCUCACAAGCAGAACCAGUUUGGGUGCCCGCGCCGCGACACGAGCACUAGUAAUAGUAAGUAUGAUACGAUACCAAGUAGAAGCACUUCGUAUUGCGGAUUGCUGUACCGCAGUAUGUAUUUACGAGCAGGGGUCAUAAAUAUAGAGGGGUGUGCAACGAAUUUUUUUGCGCAUCAUGAAGCACGAAAAAAAAAGUGAAACUCAUAUUCCACGUG